AUGAAAAUCAGACCCAAAUACAACAUGGCAUCCUACCCAAGCCACAAGCCUCAGACCCCGCAACCUCCCCCGCCCAUCCCCAUCAACGACGGGGACGACGACCAGGGUGGUGCGACGAGAGACUACUGA